AUGCAGCCGGUCUGGAAGAAAGACUUCGGCCAGAAGUCCGAGGAGGAGGCCAUCAUGGACACGUAUCUGGCCAGCCUGGGGCUGUACCGCAAGCUCACGGCCAGAGACGCCUCCUGCCUCUUUCGGGCCGUUUCCGAGCAGGUGUUUUAUUCUCAGAUUCAUCACCAGGAAGUCAGGAAGGCUUGUGUUUCAUUUAUGAGGGAAAACCGAGAGAACUUUGAGGCUUAUGUGGAAGGAUCAUUUGAAGAAUAUCUGGAAUGGCUGGGAGAUCCAGAUGGAAGGGCUGGCCAGCUGGAAAUAAGUGCUCUAUCACUGAUGUAUAAACGAGACUUUAUUCUGUACCAGGAACCUGGACAGCUGCCCACCUGUGCUACAAACAAUGGCUUUGAAGACAAGAUCUUGCUGUGUUGUUCCAGUGACUCCCAUUACGACUCUGUGUAUACAGAACAAUUUCAGGCCGAUGCUGCUGUUUGUCAGGCUGUCUUGUACGAGAUCCUGUACAAAGAUGUGCUUGGUGUGGAGGAGAAGGAAUUGAGAACUGCAGUUGACUGGUUUCGACGUGAGGAGAAAAAGAAGAGAAACAGGGCCUCUGUUGGAAGUGAGGAUGCAAACUCUGAUAGCCUUCCCAAGGAAGGGUCCAACACUUCAUCAGAAAGGAGAGAGGAAGACUGGGAAGGCAACAAUACUGACAAUUCACCUGAAGAUAAACUCAGACAAGGCACUGAAGAGGCAAAGCAGCCAGAAAGCCCACGAAAGAAGUAUUUUGCCUAUAGAGUUCUAAAAGCCCUGGACCCUCGGAUCUAUCGAAAUGUAGAGUUUGAAGUUUGGUUGGACAGCAGAAGAGAACUUAGAAAAACUGGUUACUUCAUGUUGGCUGGGAGAAAGUACUGUGUAGGAGACAGAUGUCAGGUAUGUCUGGAGCCUGGGGGUGAGUACUACAAUGCUUGUAUCCGGGAAGUUGAACCUGAUGACAACAUGGUGGCCGUGUUCAUUGAAGAGCUGGCAGAAAGGUAUAUUGUUCCAUUGCCAAACUUUAAACCAGUGACACAAGUGACUCCUGACCGUCCCAGUCAAAGAGGAGGAAACAAUGAGAAAAUGACUCGUUCCCCAUCGGAAUCACAAAGAAUGAAUAGGAAAUCAUGGAAGAGACUAUUAAAGAAAGUCCAUGGGAAAGAAGCUAACAUGACAAUGACUUAUAAUAGGAGUCAGACAGUUCUUCCACCCUUGCACAAUGUUCCUUCAGGUCACCCUUCUCCAUUUAAUUACUCUCAAACUUCUGGGAAUACAGCAUCCUAUAUUUACUACCAUCCUCCGAUGCAUGGCAGGGGAUAUAGCAUGCCCAGAGGAUCUGCUCGAUUUACAAACAGGCACAACAUGGUUGGCCCUCAGGUACCAUUGUACCCUUAUCCAGGGAAGAGGUGUUAUCAGAGCUAUGGCAAUUUCUUCUGUGUGUCCCAUUUAUAUACCCAUAGUCACCAGCAGUUGCAGUAUCUCCAUCAGGCAUAUCCACAUGUACCACAGACUGGGGAGGAGCCUCAGGCUUUGGAAGAAACUGUAACUUCCAAUGAAACUGAAGGAGGAGAUGAGGCCGCUUUUCCUGCUGUCCCAGUGCUCCUUAUUGGACCCAGUUAG